AUGGGGACGCUCCGGCAGCCCGACACCCGAGAGGAGGGCAAGCCCGGACUGGCCUUCUACGGCGGCAGCGAAGACGUCAAGUUGAUCCAGGGCUUCGGCGACGUCUGCGCCAAGGUCACGGAGCUCGGGAACCAGCGGGGGACGUUCGCGCUGCGCGACUCGUACCUAGGCUGGUCGAUCGUUGGCUCGAACUCGAACGGCGGCAAGCCCCUGUUCCUCAGCGACCUGAACGAUCCUCAUAGGCACAGCAUUUUCUUCGACGACAACAUCACGGCCACAGAUCCGCGGAUCGUUGACCCCAUCGACCCGGCCCACUGGCCCCG